AUGCAUCGCCCACGCUUUAUCUCUGAGACGGCGUCCGCCUACAGUUAUGCCUGCACGCUCAUGAUGGGCAUCGGGUCCCUGCUUUGGGGCUACGAUUCCGGCAUCUUUGGGACUGCGCAGGCCCAGGUCUAUUUCACAGAACAAUUUAAGACCAAUGCUCAAACGCUAGGGGCUGUGGUUUCUACCUAUCCAGCUGGGGGUGCCGUUGGCUGUCUUCUUUCCAUGCCCAUUGGGAAUUACUUUGGCCGUCGUAACACCAUUCGUAUCGGCGCGGUGGUUUCCAUCAUCGGGACUACCUUCCAGACCGCUGCCUUCAAUGUCCCCCUCCUUAUCGUCGGCCGUGUCAUUGCUGGCCUCGCGAUUGGUAUUAUCUAUUUUGCGAUUCCGAUGUAUAUGUCCGAACUGGCCCCGGCGGAGCAUCGUGGUUUGUUUGUUGGACUCCAUGCACAGUUUAUCGGCUUUGGAUAUGCUCUUUCCAAUUGGAUUGGGUUUGCUGUAUACUACUCAUCGGGAGCAUUUACUUUCCGAUUUCCUGUCGGUUUGCAAAUCGUUCUUGGUGUCAUCCUCCUCGCUUGCACCUUCUACAUCCCCGAAUCUCCUCGCUGGCUCAUCGAAGAGGGCAAGAUGGAAUCUGCUCUCGCGCUAAUGAAGAGACUCCGCCGAGAGGGCACUUCCGAUGAGCUUCUGUGGGCCUCAGUACAGAUGCGUGACCAGAUUACAUGGGAGAAGGAAAACGAACUCAGUUCCCUCAUGGGCAUCCUUCGCAAGCCUUCCUACCGCAAGCGACUCCUCCUAGGCUGCUUCAGUCACAUUGGUCAGCAGAUCUCUGGUAUUUCAGCCAUCAACUAUUACCAGACGAAAAUGUAUCGUAGUCUUGGUAUCAAAGGUGUUACUGUUCUUGCCCUCGCUGGCGUCUGGGGUAUUACUGGACCCUUGGCCAACAUCUUUUGCCUGAUGUUCAUCAUCGACAGGUUCAACCGUCGUGUCGUUCUAAUGACAGGAUCCCUUGCCAUGGCUGCCGAUAUUGCUAUCGUUAUGGCGUUAGUUGCGGUAUAUGGCGGUGGGCCCGACGUCGCCGCCAACGGGAUUGGCAUCUUCUUCCUGAUUUCCUUUGGCAUCAUCUUCUCACUUUCUUGGAACUCCGGAACUCCGCUCUAUUGCACCGAGAUCUUCCCCACGCAAAUCCGUGCCACCGGUGGUGCCAUAGCCACCUUCUGCAGCUUCGUCAUCCAGGUUGUGCUUGCCCAGGCAUCGCCCUCUGCUCUCCAGAACAUCGGCUGGCGCUACUACUUUGUCUUCAUCGUAUGCAACUUGGUUACUGCGGCGAUUGUAUACUUCUUCCUGCCGGAAACCAGGGGAAUGACUCUGGAGGAGAUCAGCGAGGUGUUUGGCGAUGUCUUUGUCGCCGUUCACAUGAAUGAGCCACUCAAGAUCGAGCUCACAGAGAAUGUGACGGUCGCUGAGCAUACAGAGGAUAUUACCCCGAAGGUAUAA